AUGUAUCUGUUGAAUGCACAUGCUGUUGGGUCUCUGGUCCGGUUAGGGCAUUUGGCGCGGGAUGCAAACAAAUCUGGGACCUUAAAUCACCAAUCCAAUCCCAAUCAAUUCAUUUUCCUCCAAUUCCAAUUAAGGUUUCUUCCUCUUUUUCGUUCUCUCUCUCUCUUUUCUCACUAUUUCCUCGCCGAUAUCUCACAAAUUCCGCUCUUAGGGUUUCGUAGAACAAACCAAAAUUCAAUUGUUUUAGCUGAGAGUGUUUUUGAUCUACACGCGAUGGGUGCUCCGAAGCAGAAAUGGACUGCAGAAGAGGAACAAGCACUUAAAGCUGGAGUUGUCAAGCACGGUGUUGGUAAAUGGCGCACCAUACUGAAGGAUCCAGAGUUUAGUGGUGUCUUAUACCUGCGGUCAAAUGUGGAUCUCAAGGAUAAAUGGAGAAAUCUGAGCGUGAUGGCAAAUGGAUGGAGCUCUAGGGAAAAAUCUAGGUUAUCAGUCAGAAGGGUGCAUCAGGUCCCGAGACAGGAUGAGAACUCCAUGGCUAUCACUCCUGUUGUUCCAAGUGACGAAGAGAUUGUUGAUGUUAAGCCUCUUCAAGUUUCUAGAGAUAUUGUGCAUAUUCCUGGUCCAAAGAGGUCUAAUUUAAGUUUGGAUAAGCUUAUAAUGGAAGCAAUCACUAGCUUGAAGGAGAAUGGUGGUUCUAAUAAGACAGCUAUUGCAGCUUUUAUAGAGGACCAAUAUUGGGCACUGCCAGGCUUAAAAAGUAUGUUGUCUGCAAAAUUAAAGUUUUUGACAGCAAGUGGAAAACUGAUCAAGGUAAAUCGCAAGUAUAGAAUUGCACCUAUAGCAGCAUAUUCUGACAGAAGAAGAAACUCAUCCAUGCUAUAUUUGAAAGGGAGGCAGAAAGCCUCUAUGAAAAUUGACAGGGAUGAGACCAACAUCCUUACUAGAUCUCAGAUAGAUUUAGAGUUAGAAAAGAUAAGGUCUAUGACUCCACAAGAGGCAGCUGCAUUUGCUGCCCGAGCAGUUGCUGAAGCAGAAGCCGCCAUUGCAGAAGCAGAGGAGGCAGCAAAGGAGGCUGAGGCAGCAGAAGCUGAUGCGGAGGCUGCACAAGCUUUUGCAGAUGCUACAACGAAAUCAGCGAAAGGGAGAAAAUCCCCAAAGAGGAUCCAUACUUAAUGGAAGUUUGAAGAAUUAGACAUGAGGAGAGAUGAACCAUGGCAUUGAGUAGGACAGCCAGCCAGCUAAAUAUCAUUUGCUGGCAUUGUCUAUAUAUUUUGCAUAUAAUAUUGGAGGCUCUUGUGACUAUGCUGGUUUCACCUUUAUUAGGAGAUUAAUUCUAUAUUUUUGGAUCUUGGAAUAUCCUUCUUGUAGAUAGAACCAUUGUUUGAAUCUUUAUUGUAAUUUCUUUAGUGCUGUCGUUACCUUAGCACUCUGUCCAUGUACUUUGUUUAUAGAAAGUAGAUGUUUAGAUGAAUGGGAAUUCGUUCAAAUUCCUUCUGAAA